AUGGCUUCACUGUACCAGCGGUUCAGCGGGAAGAUCAACACCUCCCGCUCGUUCCCCGUUCCCCCCGAAGCGAGUCACCUCCUGGGCGCCCAGAGCAGCGAGGAGGACGGCGCUGCCGGCAAGACCCCGCGUCCAUUGCAACAGGAAGGCGGCCGGCCCCGCUUCCAGUACCAGUCGCGAAGUGACUGCGAGGAGGAGGAUGAGCUGGUGGGGAGUAAUCCUCCUCAAAGGAACUGGAAAGGAAUUGCAAUUGCCUUACUUGUUAUUCUCGUUAUCUGCUCGCUGAUUGUCACCUCUGUCAUACUCCUGACACCAGUGGAAGAUAACAGCUUGUCUCAGAAGAAGAAGAUAACAGUGGAAGAUCUCUUCAGUGAUGAUUUUAAGAUUCAUGACCCAGAGGCUAAAUGGAUAACUGAUAAUGAAUUCAUUUAUAGAAACCAGAAUGGCACAGUGAUUCUGAGGAAUGUCGAAACCAACAGUUCAACAAUAUUAAUAGAAAACAAAAAAAUUGUCUCCUUGAAGGCUAUCCGGUAUGAGGUGUCACCUGACAGGGAAUAUGCACUAUUUGCCUUUGAUGUUGAACCUGUGUAUCAGCAUUCAUAUACAGCAUAUUAUGUCCUCAGCAAAAUACCUCAUGGGGAUCCCCAGAAUUUGUAUCCCCCUGAGGUCAGCAAUGCAAAGCUUCAGUAUGCUGGUUGGGGUCCAAAAGGGCAACAGCUGAUAUUUAUCUUUGAGAAUAACAUCUAUUACUGUGCCCAUGUGGGGAAACAAGCCAUCCGAGUGGUCUCCACAGGAAAGGAAGGUGUUAUUUUCAAUGGGCUCAGCGACUGGCUGUAUGAAGAGGAGAUCUUGAAGACUCACAUUGCUCAUUGGUGGUCUCCUGAUGGUACCAGGCUGGCAUAUGCAACAAUUAAUGCCUCCAGAGUCCCCACCAUGGAGAUCCCAAUAUAUACAGGCAUCCUUUACCCUACUGUUAAAACUUACCAUUAUCCAAAGGCUGGAAUGGAAAAUCCAACUAUUUCUUUGCAUGUGAUUGGUCUGAAUGGACCCACUCAUGACCUGGAAAUGACUCCCCCAGAUGAUCAGAGAAUGAGGGACUACUACAUCACCAUGGUGAAAUGGGCCACCAGCACCAAGGUGGCAGUGAACUGGCUGAACAGGGCCCAGAACGUGUCCAUCCUGACGCUCUGCGACGCCACCACGGGGGUCUGCACCAAGAAACAUGAAGAUGAGAGCGAUGCCUGGCUGCACAGACAGAAUGAAGAGCCCGUUUUUUCCAGGGACGGUCGGAAGUUUUUCUUUGUCCGGGCCAUUCCCCAGGGAGGACGUGGGCAUUUCUACCACAUCGCCAUGUCAUCCUCACAGCCCAACAGUAGCAAUGAUGACUUACAGGCUAUUACAUCUGGAGACUGGGAUGUGACAAAGAUACUGGCAUAUGAUGAAAAGAGGCAGAAAAUUUAUUUCCACAGCACAGAAGAUUCACCAAGAAGGAGACAUUUAUACAGUGCAAGCACAAAUGGGAACUUCAACAGGAGGUGCCUGUCCUGUGAUCUGAUUGAAAACUGCACUUAUUUCAGUGCAACCUUCAGCCACAAUCUGGAAUACUUCCUGCUGACAUGUGAAGGUCCCCGUGUCCCGAUGGUGACUGUUCACAACACAACAGAUGCACAGAAAAUUUUUGAGCUGGAGGUAAAUGAAAAUGUGCAGCUGGCUGUAAAUGACAGGCAAAUGCCUAAGGUAGAAUACAUGGAAAUCAAGAUAGAUGAUUACAGAUUGCCAAUGCAGAUCUUAAAGCCAGCAACCUUUGCAGACACCGCUCACUACCCCUUGCUGUUGGUUGUAGAUGGCACCCCUGGCAGCCAGAUCGUCACGGAGAGGUUCGAGGUGACGUGGGAGAGCGUCAUGGUCAGCUCCCACAACGCCAUCGUGCUCAAGUUCGACGGCCGCGGCAGCGGCUUCCAGGGCGCCAAGCUACUGCACGAGGUCAAGAGGAGGCUGGGCCUUCUGGAAGAGAAGGAUCAGCUGGAAGCUGUCCGGACAAUGCUGCAGGAGCAUUUCAUUGAUAAAACGAGAGUCGGUGUGUUUGGCAAGGAUUAUGGUGGUUACCUCAGCACUUACAUGCUUCCAGCUGGUGAAGACAACCAGGUGUUCGCCUGUGGAGCUGCUCUUUCCCCAGUGACAGACUUCAGACUAUAUGCUUCAGCCUUUUCUGAAAGAUACUUGGGCUUGCACGGGGUUGAUAACAGAGCAUACGAGAUCAGCAAAUUAUCACACAGAGUCUCAUUACUAAAGGACCAGACAUUUUUGAUCAUUCAUGCUACUGCUGAUGAAAAAAUCCAUUUUCAGCAUACUACAGACCUUAUCACACACCUAAUUAGGGCAAAGGCUAAUUACAGCUUGCAGAUUUACCCUGAUCAAAGCCAUUACUUCAGCAAUGCAGCAUUUGAGCAGCACUUGUACCAGUCCAUUGUCAACUUCUUUGUGGAGUGUUUCCAGGUUCCAGACAAACUCCCACUGGCCCCACUGAAAGAGGAGGAGGAGGAUGAUUAA